UUACCAGUCCACGAUGUUUAUAAUCCUUUCUUCAUGAAGUCCAAUCUUUUCAAGUUUUUUAUAUCAAAAACACUCAAAAACAACCCGGGAUCGCGUGGCAACAAAAGAAAGUUUCAAGCGCCACAGGUGAGAUUAUUAAGAGUUGACCUCUUAUUACGAGAUGAUCCUUGCUGGACCUUUAAAACUGAUAGAGCCGGUAUAAAUAAAGUUAGUUUAGUUUAAGUUUCCUCCUGUAGUAACACUGGAUCAAUAAGAGAUGAUCCUUACUGGACCUCUAGGAAGAACAGUUUAGAAGUGAUAGAGCUAUCCAGUAUAAAUAUAAUAAAGUCAGUUUAGUAUAGGUUUCCUCCUGUAGUAACACUGGAUCAAUAAGAGAUGAUCCUUGCUGGACCUCCAGGAAGAACAGUUUAGAACUGAUAGAGCUAUCCAGUGUAAAUAAAGUUAGUUUAGUUUAGGUUUCCUGCUGUUGUUACACAGGAUCAAUACGAGAUGAUUCUUACUGGACCUCUAGGAAGAACAGUUUAGAACUGAUAGAGCUAUCCAGUAUAAAUAAAGUUAGUUUAGUUUAGGUUUCCUCUUGUAGUAACACUGGAUCAAUAAGAGAUGAUCCUUACUGGACCUCUAGGAAGAACAGUUUAGAACUGAUAGAGCUAUCCAGUAUAAAUAAAGUUAGUUUAGUUUAGGUUUUCUCCUGUAGUAACACUGGAUCAAUAAGAGAUGAUCCUUACUGGACCUCUAGGAAGAACAGUUUAGAACUGAUAGAACUAUCAUAAAGUUAGUUUAGGUUAGGUUUCCUCCUGUAGUAACACUGGAUCAAUAAGAGAUGAUCCUUACUGUUAGAAUAUAAAGUAAACGUAAGUUCGUUUCGAUUAGCAUCUCACACUGUUAAUACAUGACCUUCUUUAGCGGACACAAGAAAUGCAAAGCAGACUAUCUAACCUUGCCAGCAAUCGUUUAAACCAAGCUACAGCACGACAGACUGGUAAAAGGAUUUCAUUUCAAUCUCCGCGUGCAGCACGCAAUCCAGGAAACACGACACGGAGCACGCCCACGCAGAAACGGUCUCGCGUACUAUCUACUGUCGCUGUCUUGGAAUUGGAUCCUUAG